AUGGCUCCCAGUGCUGUUCAAAAGUUCCGCCCAGUUGUGAUCUCUGGUCCCUCUGGAACCGGAAAGUCGACCCUCCUAAAGAGACUCUUCGCUGAGUUCCCCGACACUUUUGGCUUCUCCAUCUCUCACACCACUCGUGCCCCCCGCGCUGGCGAACAGGACGGCCGCGAAUACAACUUCGCCACCAAAGAAGCCUUCCUCGAUCUUGUCGCACAAAAUGGAUUUAUUGAGCAUGCUCAAUUCGGUGGCAAUCACUAUGGAACUAGUGUGCAAGCCGUGAAGAACAUUGCCGAGAAGGAGAGAAUCUGUAUUCUCGACAUUGAGAUGGAGGGUGUUAAGCAGGUGAAGAAGACCGACCUCAAUGCUCGCUUCUUGUUCCUUGCGCCACCUUCUUUGGAAGAGCUAGAGAAGCGCUUGCGGGGUCGGGGUACCGAAACCGAGGAUAGCCUACAGAAGCGUUUAGCGCAAGCACACAACGAGCUUGAAUACUCCAAGCAGGACGGUGCCCAUGACAAGAUUGUUGUCAAUGAUGACCUUGAGAAGGCGUAUACCGAACUACGCGAUUGGGUCGUUGACGGUGGUCGUUUUGGAGCUUAG